AUGGCACUACCAACCAAUGAGUCUGCACCGAUUGCGGUCCUAGGAGCUGGUGUUGUUGGGCUCACAACAGCCAUGUUGCUCUGCCGGGCCGGCUACACGAACAUCGUAGUCAUCGCUCAACAUAUGCCAGCAGACCAUGAGACAGAAUAUACCAGCAACUGGGCCGGAGCAGACUGGGUUCCCUUUUCGCUUCGCGGAACAAGAGAGAUGGAAUGGGACCUGGUCAGCUGGUCCGAGUUUCUCGGGCUUGCAAGGGCGACCCCGGCCGCUGGCGUACAGCUGCAAGGCUGCCGGGCGGCCGCCAAGGCAGGAGCUUGGGGCGUGUCUUGGGGAGAGCUCCGCGUUGACGGGAAUCGGGGAAAUUUCAACGUCAAGUCCAAGUCCAGCCUCAACUUGUGGGUUGCCCGCCGUCCGACCACCCUGAACCCAACCAUCCCCCAAGGUCGCCAAUGCCAAUCCCGACACCGACGUAACCGUCGAAACCACACGAUGCUGACAUCGACGACACACUUCGUGCGCUUCGGCGCUCUCGGCUCUCGCAGCCUGCAGCUCCCGUCUGCCCUCGCUCGAGGCGCCGCCCUGCCUUCUCUGGCCCGCCGUCCCCUCGUGGCCAAGGCCUCCCCGAGACAGCUCUCCACCGCCGCCCUGAGGCCGUUGCCAACGGAGCCCGCCUGCCUGCAGUGUCAGUCGGCCGCCCGCCGCCAUGCCUCCACCGCCCCCUCGGCCGCCCCGUCGUCCACGCCCACCCUCGACUGGAACUCCUUCUUCACACUGCGCAAGACCCGGAGACGCUUCCAGCUGGCCUGCAGUGUCGCCACCAUGGUCGUGGGCGGCAGUAUAGCCGGCCUGGUGCUGAUCAACGUCGAGAUGGAUUGGCUGGGCAAGAUACCUCUGGACCCCUUCAUCACCCUGGGCUUGAUGACCAUGGGCUCCGCCGCCUUGGGCUGGCUGGCUGGUCCCAGCCUGGGCGCCACAAUCUUCUACAUGGUGAAGCGGGGUGUCAAGACCCCCAUGGCCAUCAAGGAGGCCGAGUUCUUCGCGAGGAUCAAGAAGAACAGGGUCGACCCAAGCGUCAGCUCCGUCGGCAACCCAGUUCCUGACUACUACGGCGAAAAGAUCUCGAGUGUUGCCGGGUACAGGCAAUGGCUCAAAGACCAAAGGGCCUUCAACAAGAAACGGACCAGCUUCAUCUAG